AUGGCGCUCCCUUCCACCCUUUCCGCCGCACAGGCUCACCUCGGCGACGGCCUUCCCGUCUCGCUCAUCACCGCCGCCUCGCAAGUACACCCGAAACCGAUCAACCAGACCUUCACUUACGGCACCGCCGGCUUGCGUACGCGCGCCGAUAUCCUCGACAGCACAUGCUUCCGCGUCGGCCUCAUCGGUGCGCUGCGCUCCAAGAAGCUCAAGGGCAAGACCAUUGGUCUUAUGGUCACGGCCAGCCACAACCCUGAGCAGGACAACGGCGUCAAGAUGGUCGACCCACGCGGAGAGAUGCUCGACGCAACGUGGGAGCCCUUUUGCACUCUCAUCGCCAACGCUGUCACCGACGACGAGCUCAUCGCGUCGCUCGAAAAGCUCGUCUCGCACUUCAAGAUCGACCUUGCUGCGCCGGCUUCCGUCAUUGUCGGCUACGACACGCGCCCAUCGUGCAAGCAGCUCGUCCAAGCCAUCAUCGACGGUCUCUCUGCCUUGGGUGCGCACACCAUUGAUGCUGGCCUCAAGACUACACCGCAGCUCCACUACCUCGUCAAGUGCCUCAACACCCAGGGUACGCCCGAGUCGUACGGCGAGCCCAGCGAGGAAGGCUAUUACAAGAAGCUCGCUGCUGCAUUCCUCAAGCUUGUCCCCGCAAAGUCGGAUGUGCCGCCCCUCGUCGUCGACUGUGCCAACGGUGUCGGCGCCUAUGCCCUCACCAACUUGAUCAAAUUCAUCCCGGAGGAUCGCAUCGCCUUCCGGCCGCUGCGCACCAGCACCACCACUCCAGGCGCGCUCAACAAUGGCUGCGGUGCCGACCACGUCAAGACCAACCAGUGCCUACCCUCAGGCUUUGAAAAGGAGAACCUCCAACCUGGCCAGCGUCUGUGCUCGUUCGAUGGCGACGCGGACCGCCUCGUCUACUACUAUCUCACCGGACCCGCCAACUCCAAGGACUCGUUCCGUUUGCUCGACGGCGACAAGAUUGCUUCGCUUGCAGCCGGCUAUCUCUCGGAGCUGGUCAAAGCAGCGGGCAUCAAGCUCGAGCUGGGCUGCGUGCAGACGGCAUAUGCCAACGGCAGCUCCACUAAGUACCUGAAGCAGCGCGUGCCCGUCACCUGCACCCCGACAGGUGUCAAGCACCUUCACCACGCUGCCGAAGCGUACGACAUUGGCGUCUACUUUGAAGCCAACGGACAUGGCACGGUGCUGUUCUCGCCCUCGGCGCAACGCAAGAUCCGCGAGGCGACACCCGCAUCGCCUGCAGCCCAGACGGCGCUCGAGCAGCUCGCGGCACUCGUCGACCUGAUCAACCAAACCGUGGGCGAUGCUAUCUCGGACAUGCUGCUCGUCGAAGUCAUCCUGCGUGCACGCCAGUGGGGCCCCGCAGAGUGGGACGGCGCCUACGAAGACCUGCCCAACAAGAUCCUCAAGGUCAAUGUCAAGGAUCGCUUCCUCUUCAAGACCGAGGAUGCCGAACGCAGGCUGACCAGCCCGCCGGGUCUGCAGGACAGGAUCGACGAGUUGGUGGGCAAGUACAAGGACGCUCGCAGCUUUGUCAGGCCCAGCGGCACCGAAGACUGCGUGCGCGUCUAUGCCGAGUGUGCCAUUGCCAGCGAGCUGGCUCCCCUCGCCAACGGCGUGGCCAAGCUGGUCGCGGACUAUGCCUCGUUGGGUUGA